AUGGCCAUUGCUCUCCGUGGUUCUAGGGCAAUGGGUAUGCCAGAAGAGUUUCACGUCAAUGUUGGGCGAGUAAUGCAAUAUGGUACAGCCCUUUCUAUCCCAAUGUUCUUCGGUUCAAAGGGGAUGGGUAUUCCGAUUCCGACGACUUUCCGUACAAUGAAAUCGACCACCCAGCUGUGA